AUGCUCUUCCGAGUGUCCCAGUUCUCUAUUCUGGGCCUUGUUCUAGUAUGGCUUGCUGCUCUUACGGGCCUAAGCUCUUCAGCCCAUUCUCAUCCCAAUCAUAAUUUACACACCCACCAUCGAAGAGUCGGCGCCGAUGAUCUUACAAAUUAUAAAAGCACCGACUUCAAUCUUCAUGCACAUAUUUACGAGAAACUCUUCUUGUGGGAGGCUUAUCAAAUUUUCACCCAAAUUCAAACCCCCGAAAGACAACAGCUCAUAUUUCCUUUCCGAGACAGAAAGGGGCCAGCGGGAUCAAGCAACCGACAUAUAGAGAACGGCCGGAAGACAGACAAGGCUAUGAAUUAUGUGGAAUUCAUGCUAAGAACACUCGAUAAAGCUGCUGAUCUGCCUCUUCCUCCUGACAUAACUGAACCAACAUCUAAAGAUGAUCUCCAAAGAGCGGAAAAGGAAUUGUCAGUUUAUAGAAAGUAUAAGUACAACUUCCAGGGAACAGUUGAACUAUCGCUUAUCAGUCCUAAUUUGGCGCUCUUGGAAAACAAUGCCGCCUUGUUCAACUCAGGUCGAGCUCCCCCGGGAGGGGGCGGAGACAGUGGAGAUGGAGACGCAGGCUCGGGGUCAUCAGACUCGAAUGAUGCCAAAAAAGAAGACGAUAAACAUAUCCGAUAUAUUAGGGCGGUCAGUGAGAAGGUGGCCGCAGUCAAGGACGAUGCGCAUCUAGUCAAUAUUGGGGAUGUUUCUGAUCGUCUUGGCCGCGCCGAGGAGAUUUCUUUCCGAAUUGCGGCCCUUAGGAAGGGCCAGACAAGCAAUUGGAUAGUCAAGGAGCUAUCUAGCGAUCAGGGUUGGAACCUCCAAGAGCCUGAUCCCGACAAUGCAGGCAAAUAUCGCAGCACCGUUGUGAUGGCCGAAGCAGAUACCCAAGUUCCAGGCAUGAAAACAUACCAAGUAGUCGACUUCCCAAGAACACUUGCUGUGACCGCGAACAUUGCAAAAAUUCAGGGCAAGGGACUUAACAACUGGGACAAGUUUAUGACUUGGGGCCAGGAACUUGGGAACCGCAAUGCCAUUACCGAUGGUCCAGCAAGCACCAAAAGGAAUGUUGAUCACUGGGAAGAGAUCAAACCCUGGGAAAGUUUUUGGGACAAAUGUGCCGUUCCGCCCAUAUAG